GCGCGAGGUAGUCAACGAAAGCUACACUACAAGGGAAGAAGAUGUCUAGAAACAAAGGGCUUUGGAGAAUGCGACGGAGUCCACAAACUCUCUUUUGGCUUUAUAUUAGAGUUGCAAUGCACGUCUUCGGUGAGAGCAGUUUUUCCGCCUAUGAGCUGCCAGGAACGAUCAGAAACAAGGAACAAAAUCGGAAGGGAAGGGGAAUGCAACACAUCCUGAGCGCUAGCCCCGCCGUCAACGGCCGGGCUCCCGUGGCUGCAUUCGGCAGUCUCCGGUUGGCCGUGCCAAUCGGGGCUCGAAAUAGGGCCCGAGAGACCAAGGGCCAGCGGUUGAUCAGCGAUGGGCCGGGGCGAAUACGGAUGGACAUUACCCGAACCGGUCCGUGUUCUCCAGACCAUGCGAACUUGGGAACGGUCCUGGAUGACCCAAAGUGCCAAGGCAUGGCUUCCAGUGCUGCUUUUCAGCCGCCAGAUGGACAGCGCUGGAACUCGUCUGCCCUGGGCAACGCACGGCGGCCACUCGCCCGGGAGGACCGCGUUCCAUCCCCGGGUUGCAAAACGGAGCACGGGGGGCUUAGCGAGCGGAGAGCGUUCCAAUCCGCCACAAUACCCGGACGCAGAAUGCUGCCUCGCUGCGGUGCUUCCGCCUGUGGGCGGGCUGACAGCAGCCAAGACUGGUUAUUGCCGCCCGCUCAGGAUGAAUUCGAGCCAUGGAUAAUCUCGUACGGAGAAGAGCCAUGAGGCCGGAAGAUGCUGUAGGCACCAGGGGCCGAGCCGCGCUCGGCGGCCCUCGUUGGGGUAUAAAAGACGGUAGCGGCGAAGAUCA